GAUAAAACAAAAGUCAGCUAGUUUAUAAGUGAUUUAGCUUUGUUCUGAAUUAUUGUUUAAAUCGUUUAGUGAAAGGAUGAAUUCAAGUAAUAAACGGUGUUGCUAUGACAACCCCUUCAUGCAAAUGACAGAGUUAUUGAUGACAAAUAAGAGGAACCGAGAGAAGAGAAGUGGAUAAUGUGGGGAACAAUACGGUGUCACCGUGUGUAAUAUACAGCAGACAUCUCUUGUUCUCAGCAGUCACCGGAUCCUCUGAUCAACUGGACUGGUGAGUCCAAACUUUUCUCUUUCACCUGGAUGAACAUUUGAAUGGCGGAAGUGGAGUGCUGAUACAGAAGAAGAUGGAGGAGACGAACAUGGUGGUCGGGAACAUGAGUGAAGAAGUCCUGAACAGACUGUCAAAGAUGUUGGACAACUCCACCUGCGGAUGGAGGCAGCUGGCCAGAGCUGUGUCCGAGGAGCCGCGGUUCUGCUGCAGUGAGAGUCAGCUGACCUGCUGCUCGCUCCAGGCGCUGAGCCCUGCAGGCAGCCCGGCUCGCACCCUCUUGGCUCAGCUGGCCGAUCGCUCCUGCUCCCUGGACUUCUUGCUCCACUGCCUGAGGAAGGUGGACCACCAGGAAGCUGUGCAGUACCUCUGCAGCACAGCAGUGGCAGAGAUGUUUCAGAUCACAGUGCAGCCACAGUGUCAGCAGGCCACAGUGGGGGGCAGGGUUGUGUUGACCUGCAGAGCUGCUGGUCCUCCUGGGCUCAGCUACCAGUGGUUCAGAGGCAAAGAAGAGGUUUUGGAUAAAUCCGGGUGCACACCAGAGUUGAUUCUGUGUCCUUUAGCCCCGGUCCACCAGGGUCACUAUAUCUGCAGAGUCAACCACGGAGAAAAGUGCAUCUUCUCCCAGUGGGCUCGAGUUCGCUUGGUUUCCUCUGCAGGUUCCAGUCCAGACUGUGGCAGCAGUCUGUUUCAGGGCUCAGCGAGUGGACUGCGCAUCAUCCACCAGCCUGAGGCCCAAACGGUGUCUGAAGGUGACUCUCUGCUCCUGGUGUGCAAAGCAGAGGCCUGCCCGCCCGCCCAGUACGAGUGGUACCACAACAGGGCUCGCAUGCAGGAACACAAGACAAGUUCAUUUAAAAUCCCGUGUGUGACCACAGCACACAGAGGAGAGUACAGAUGUAAAGUGUUCAACUUUUAUCAUGAGAUGUGGAGCGACACAGCAGGAGUCACAAUUGGCCCCAGUUCCAUUACCGAUGCAUCCUGGGUAGAAGGCAAUCGUGGUCUAGACUCACAGGAAAUCAACAGGUCAACCUCUGGACCGGGAAUAAAUCACCUCCAACCAAUGGCCAGUCACCCGCCGCCAUCCAAACAUUUCCAUGCAACAGACAAAGUCGCUCUGCUGAUCGGCAACAUGAACUACCGCCACCACACUCAGCUGUGUGCUCCCAUCGCUGACGUGCACGAGUUGACCAACCUCCUCAGACUGAUGGACUUCAAGGUGGUUUCACUGCUUGACCUCAACUGGCAGGAGAUGCACAGCGCUGUGACGGAGUUCCUCUUGCUGCUUGACAAGGGAGUCUAUGGCUUACUCUACUUUGCUGGUCAUGGUUAUGAGAAUUACGGCAACAGCUUCAUGAUUCCCAUCGAUGCUCCGGCCUCCAACACGUCAGAGCACUGCUUGUGUGUGCAGAACAUCCUCACCAGGAUGCAGGAGAAAGAGACCGGGCUCAACGUGUUCCUGCUGGACAUGUGUCGCAGAAGAAACCCACAUGAUGAUGUCAUUGUACAACCUGGACCUCUGAAGGUCACAGCAAAUAUAGUGUUUGGUUACGCCACAUGUGUAGAUGCAGAGGCCUUUGAAGUGAAGAGGGAAGACGUGUCCAACGGCAUCUUCAUCAACUUCCUCAAGAAGCGAGUUUGUGAAGAUGAGAAGGUCACAGUCAUGCUGGACAGAGUCGCUGAAGACAUGGGUCGCUGUGUGAUUACACGAGGGAGGCAGGCUCUGGAGAUGCGCAGCAAUCUGUCUGAACGACGCUCCCUCACCGACCAGAUACAAACGUCUGAAUGCUCUGAAUCCUUUUCAGCUCGCAACCUGCAGUGGGCCAUCGCUCAUGUCCUGCCACCGAGCAAGUACCUGCAGUUUGACUGUGGGGUGACUGUUCAGCUUGGGUUUGCUGCAGAGUUUUCCAACAUCAUGGUCAUCUACUCUCGGAUACUUGACCAGCCCAAAGACAUUGUUUCCUGCUCUGCUCAGCUCACUGACUUCCCCUUGGAUGUGGAUGUCGAUCUGAAGACGACUAACCAGGAAACUCUCCUUGAAGCUGGUAGUUUAUUAUUGAUCAAGGAUGACCUUCUUUCACCAGAGGUCCCCUGUCUUUACACCCGCAUCAGCAGCCUUCAGAGACUGAAGAGGGAGCUCACGUUCACCAUCUGUCUUCAUUACACCUAUUCCAACAUGGAUGACGAAGUACAGGAAAGGCAGUCAGUAACAGUUGGCAAACCACUGGUCUCCAAACUCAACCUCCAUGAACCGCGACCGCCUCGUGCCUGCUCUACGUCCUCGUCCUUCAGCCUCGACUCCUUCAACAUCGCUGAGGGCAUUACCUCUGUGGGAACAUCCUCUAAUACAUGGCCUUAUUAUGGCAGAGAAUCUUCCACCACUGACUCUCUGACUUCAUCCAGGAGUGCAAAUAUCCCAGAGGAGACUGACAGCCCUGAAUUAUGCAACAACCCCAAACCUCUUGUUGCCGGUAACAGCUUGUCCCACAGCCUAAGUUAAUGACACAAACUACAGAUUAAGUGACAAUUUUCACUCGCAAUAAAAAUCUUGAGCCUGAUUUGACCAUUACAUCCUGAGAAUAAAGAGUACACACGUACACAAAGAGAAAAGUCAAAAGUUUUGGAAUAUCUCAGUCAAACCUGACCCUGGACUCAGGUUAUAUCUUUACAUUUAAAAAAAAAAUUUUUUUACCAGAUCCAGUUUGGUAUGUGGAUAAGGUGGAGGAAAUAAAGCUGUUUUUUUUUCUAUUUUGAUACAUUUAUUAAACCUCUUGUACAAAGUAAAAACGUAGAAGACUGUUGGUUUGUUACCCACUAACUACCCAUGUCUAUAAUAAUAUCAACUGUAUUUAUGUAGCACUUUUCAAAACACAGAUGAAAAGUGUUUCACAAUAAGCACGACAACGAGGUACUUAUAUAUGUGCAUGUAAAUGAUGAAAAACCAACAACUAAGAUAAAAUGUUUAUUUUUCUUGCUGUUUAAAGUGUGUUUAUAAUGUAUUUCCUUUUCAAAGCACAGUUAAAAGUGUGAUGCUACUGGUCGUACUCAAUUGGAAGCUCACCCGUCCCCCCACAAACGACCGCUGGAUUGAGGAAGUUCUCUGUUAUUUAAAACUCAAAAUACUUAGAUUUUAAUUUCCAAGAUCUUCCAAGGUAUUCCAAGAUACAUUGAGCCCUUUCCUUGUCUUGUUUAGAAAGAUAAAUAGAUAGAUCUAAAUAUAUAAAGAUAUAAAGAUAGAUAGAUGGAUAGAGUUGGCUAUAUUUUAUGUAUGUGCAUGUUCAGAUCCAGUUAAUGAUAAAAAUAAACUACUCAGAUAAA